GAGUGCUCUCCCGUACAGACAUUCUCCGAAAUUUGUAUUUCGUGUGUAACGUUGAAUUUCUGUUGGUAAGAACUUUGAUCAUGCCGACCACACCAGAUCCUGAGCGUUUUGAUGGAUUACUUAUGACAUUAGCACAGCAGUGUGAAGGAGGAAUAGAGGAGCUACUUGGUUCAUUCUUUGGCUUUCUUCAGAGAAAAACAGAUUUUUACACAGGAACAGGAGCUUCAAAAGCUGAGGAGUUGGUAAUGACUCAGUUUAAAAAAUACCAGGCAGUGGCACAACAGAUAAAACAACAACAGAUAGAAAAAGAGAAGAGGAAAGCAGAAAGAAAAGCAAAAGAACAAGAAGAGGCUGAAAAGAAGCAGAAAUUGGAGGAGAAAUCAAAAGAUGAGCCAAAGAUUAAGGAGAUUACUGAUGAGGAAGCAGAACUCCUUCAGGAAGAGAUCGAUGAGGCAAAGAAGAAUGCAAUGACAGAAGAUGGAGAUGCCAAAGAAGCAGACAAAAAGAAAGAUGAACCUGUAAAGAAGGAUGAUGAUGAAGAAGAAGAAGAUGAAAAAGAUAAAGGUAAACUCAUGCCAAACAGUGGCAAUGGAGCUGACUUACCAAACUACAGGUGGACACAGACUCUUUCAGAAGUUGAGAUACGUAUUCCAUUUGACGUCAAAUUUGAUUUAAAGGGAAGAGAUCUUGUCGUUGAAAUAGGAAAAAAGCACAUCAAGGCAGGACUGAAAGGACAUCCACCAGUUCUUGAUGGCGAAAUGUACAACAGUAUCAAGAUGGAAGAGUCCACAUGGUGCAUAGUUGACAAAAGAACACUUCUCAUCAACUUAGAAAAGCUAAAUCAGAUGGAGUGGUGGAGUCGCAUUGUCACAACUGAUCCAGAGAUAAACACCAAGAAAAUAACUCCGGAAAACUCAAAGUUGUCAGACCUGGAUGGAGAGACAAGAGCGAUGGUGGAAAAAAUGAUGUAUGACCAAAGGCAGAAGGAGAUGGGGCUGCCAACAUCAGACGAACAAAAGAAACAAGAUGUGUUGAAAAAGUUUAUGGAGCAGCACCCAGAGAUGGACUUUUCCAAAUGCAAAUUUAACUGACACAAUUAAUUGGUUCCACUCAGAUAUCAUCAAUUUAAAAUGCAGACAACUCGUAUGGAUUUCUCUUCCAGUCACUUAAAUUCCUGUGUUGGCAAGAAGUUGUGUUUAGAAGUUUGUAUUCAGCUUUCAGGGGAUUGAUAGAGGGUAGUCAUAAAGGAUACAGAUCUAUAAUCUGUUUUCUCUUUUUUUAAUAUAUGGUAUAAAACAUCAAAAAAAGACUUACCCAGAAUUUGUGAGUUUUUAAUGAAUGCUUGCAAGUGGGUGUGUGUUUGUUAAAGUUAAGAAUGUGCAAAAUAACUGAGUAAUAAUAAUAAAGGUCUCUUGUGUAGCACCUUAUUCCUAUCCUAAGAGCAAGCUCAAAGCGCUUCAUGAAAAUAAACGUUUACAUUUAAUUAUGUAAUACAAAAUGCUUCACAAACUUAUUCAUGGAACAAAGUGGAACAAAGAGAAAACCAUGAGGGAUUGGUAAAAUGAUGUGUUGCUCAACAUUUGGUGAACAACUUCAUUAAAAUCAGGAUUUAAGAGACAUUGGUCAUGCCCAGUCAUCUGAUUCUGCUGCUAUCAACCAAAAUAAAUGUAGGUUAAUUUCAUAGCCUGCUUAAGCAAAAUAAGAAACUUGGAAUCAGUACCAUAGAGGAUGAUCAUGAGUGAAAUUCAUCAUCUCUUUUUUUUUUUAACUUGGUAAUCCUAAGUGAGAAAUUGGUGCCCAAAAAACAAAGGGCUUUUUGUUUUCUUUUUGAUGUUAGUAACUUUCAUUUUAAUCAUAUCAUUCUGUCAAAUAAAAGAAGUCGGAGAUGA